AACGUACAAUGAAGAAAAAGGAAACCGCUCCCAUUCCCGCGGUCUCCAAUCUAAAUCUAAUCUAAACUGUGAAAAAGCUUCUUUAAUAACAUCGAAUACGAGUAUCUUUAACAGUUUUCUUUUCGCAAUCACAUUUUAAACCCUCUCAUUUCAGUUUCUCACUCUAUAGAUCUUUUAAUUCCCUAAAUUCAACCUUCAUAACCACAACUUCCAUAUCUCGAUUCCUCACUUCCAUUGAUGUCGUUAAAAACUUAGGGUUUUUGAACGUUUAAGACAGGAGGAGAAACAAUGGCGAGGGUUCAAGACAACUGGGAACGAUUAGUGCGUGCUACUCUGCGGAGAGAACAGCUUCGAACCACUGGUCCUGGACGUGGCCAUGAGCGACAUCCUAGUGGACUCGCCGGAGCUGUUCCGCCUUCGCUUGGCGGAGCUUCGAAUAUUGAUUCUAUUUUGCAAGCUGCUGACGAGAUUCAAGAUGACGAUCCUACUGUGGCUCGCAUUUUGUGUGAGCAGGCUUAUUUUAUGGCACAAAAUCUGGAUCCAGACAGUGAAGGCAGAGGUGUACUUCAGUUCAAGACUGGUUUGAUGUCAGUAAUUAAGCAAAAACUUGCUAAAAGGGAUGGAGCUCAAAUAGACCGUAGCGGUGAUGUUGAACGCUUAUGGGAGUUUUAUCGUCAAUACAAACAGAGACACAAUGUGGGUGACAUUCAACAUGAAGAGCAAAAAUGGCGGGAAUCUGGAGUCUUUAGUACCAAUUUUGAACAAUUGGUGAGAAUGAGAAAGGUAUUUGCUACGUUGAGGGCUCUGGUUGAGGUGAUGAAGGAAUUGAGCAAGGAUGCAGCCCCUCAAGUGGGAAGAUUAAUUAUGGAGGAAUUAAGGAGAAUUGAAAAAUCAGAUACUACAUUUUCUGGUGAGUUGAUCCCUUAUAACAUCAUUCCACUGGAAGCACCGUCUUUGACCAAUGCAAUUGGAGUUUUCCCAGAGGUUAGAGGCGCCAUAUCUGCUAUAAGGUACAUCGAAAGGUUUCCUAGACUUCCUUCUAUGUUUCAGAUUCCUAGGCACCGGGAUGCAGACAUGUUUGAUCUUCUGGAAUUUGUCUUUGGCUUUCAGAGAGACAAUGUUAGAAAUCAGCGUGAAAAUGUAAUUCUCAUAAUUGCAAAUGCGCAGUCUCGUCUUGGCCUCCCAGAUUCACGUGAUCCUAAAAUAGAUGAAAAAGCUGUAAAUGAGGUUUAUAAGAAAGUACUGGACAAUUAUUUUAGAUGGUGCAAGUAUUUGCGAACUCGAAUGGCCUGGACUAGUUCUGAUGCAAUUGAUAGGGAGAGGAAGCUUUUUCUGAUUUCAUUGUACUUUCUUAUAUGGGGAGAGGCUGCAAAUGUUCGAUUUCUCCCUGAAUGCAUUUGCUACAUAUUCCACCAUAUGGCAAAGGAGCUAGAUGCAAUCCUGGAUCAUGGAGAAGCUUAUGUUGCAAAAAGCUGUGAAAUGGAAAAUGGUUCAGUUUCAUUCCUUGAGAAAGUGAUAUGCCCCAUUUAUGAAACAUUGGCUAAGGAAGCUGAAAACAAUAAAAAUGGGAGAGCAGCACAUUCGGCGUGGAGAAACUAUGAUGAUUUCAAUGAAUAUUUCUGGUCUCCAACUUGCUUUGAGUUAGGAUGGCCAAUGAUAAAGGAAUCAGCAUUUUUGAGGCGACCUAAAAAAUGGAAAAGGACAGCAAAAAGUAGUUUUGUUGAGCACCGGACUUUUUUCCACUUAUAUCGCAGUUUCCAUCGCAUGUGGAUCUUUUUGGCAAUAAUGUUCCAGGUUUUAGCGAUCAUAGCUUUCAACAAUCAGCUUAAUCUGAAUACAUUUAAGAUCCUGCUGAGUGUUGGGCCCACAUAUGCUGUCAUGAAUUUUGUGGAGAGUUGCUUGGAUGUUUUACUAAUGUUUGGUGCAUACACAACGGCAAGAGGCAUGGCGAUUUCUAGGCUGGUUAUCAGGUUCUUUUGGUGGUGCUUGAGUGCUGUAGCUGUUUUCUAUUUCUAUCUGAGGGUUCUGCAGGAUUGGAACCAGCAGCAGACAAAUUCAUUAUCUUUCCGCAUUUACAUUCUUAUGUUGGGUAUUUAUGCUGGGCUGCGUUUAGUGUUUGCUUCUUUAUUGAAGAUCCCUGCGUGUCAUGUUUUCUCUGAAAAGUCUGAUCAGUCGUUCUUUCAAUUUUUUAAGUGGAUUUAUCAGGAAAGGUACUUUGUUGGACGUGGUCUCUAUGAAAAACCUAUGGACUAUGCAAGAUAUGUACUCUUUUGGUUGGUGAUCUUUGCAUGUAAAUUUACUUUUGCCUAUUUUCUCCAGAUUAAGCCCUUGGUUACGCCUACAAAAAUUAUUGUGACACUUCCUUCUAUUCAAUACUCAUGGCAUGAUUUCUUCUCUAAGAAUAAUCAUAAUGCGCUGACUGUAGCUAGUCUUUGGGCACCUGUCAUUGCUAUUUAUCUAAUGGAUAUUCACAUAUGGUACACACUUUUGUCGGCCCUUGUUGGUGGUGUUAUGGGUGCUCGAGCUCGACUAGGCGAGAUACGCUCAAUCGAUAUGGUGCAUAAACGUUUUGAGAGCUUCCCUGGAGCCUUUGCGAAAAAUCUAGCAUCUGCGAGGACAAGAAGAAUUCCUUUUGAUCAGCAAAAUCCUGAGUUCGCACAAGAGAAUAACAAGACAUAUGCUGCCAUUUUUGCUCCCUUCUGGAAUGAGAUCAUUAAAAGUCUACGUGAAGAAGAUUUCAUCAGCAAUCGGGAAAAAGACUUGCUUUAUAUGCCUAGCAACACGGGUACACUUCCUCUUGUUCAGUGGCCUCUCUUUCUUCUGAGUAGCAAGAUUCUGAUGGCUAUUGACCUGGCUUUGGACUGCAAAGACACACAAGCAGAUUUAUGGAAUAGAAUAUGCAGAGAUGAUUACAUGGCUUAUGCAGUUCAAGAGUGCUAUUACAGUAUAGAGAAGAUCUUACACGCCAUAGUGGAUGGUGAAGGGAGACGCUGGGUUGAGAGGAUCUACAGGGAGAUCAACGAUAGCAUUAACGAGCGUUCACUUGUUAUAACGUUGUCCUUAAAGAAGAUUCCUCUAGUGCAGUCAAGAUUUACUGCAUUGACGGGUCUUUUGAUAAGGAAUGAAACAACUGAACUCGCAAAAGGUGCUGCAAAAGCUCUCUUAGAUUUCUAUGAGGUGGUGACACAUGAUUUGCUGUCAACUGAUCUCGGGGAACAAAUUGAUUCAUGGAAUAUUUUGGCUAAAGCCAGAAACGAAGGCCGCUUAUUUUCGCGGAUAGAGUGGCCAAAGGAUCCAGAAAUUAAGGAGCUAGUGAAAAGACUACACUUGCUACUUACAGUGAAGGAUACGGCAGCUAACAUACCAAAAAACCUUGAAGCUAGGAGGCGGCUAGAAUUUUUUACAAACUCAUUAUUCAUGGACAUGCCUUCUGCAAAACCUGUGUCAGAAAUGAUACCUUUCUGUGUAUUCACUCCAUACUACAGUGAGACGGUGCUGUAUAGCUCUUCAGAUUUACAAGUUGAAAAUGAGGAUGGAGUAUCUAUACUAUUUUAUCUUCAGAAGAUUUUUCCAGACGAGUGGGAGAAUUUCUUAGAGCGGAUCAAUCAAGGAGAGUCCUCUGGAGAUGUAGAUUUUGAGGAAAGUUCUAGUGGUAAAUUGGAGCUGCGUUUUUGGGUCUCAUAUCGUGGACAGACCUUGGCUAGAACAGUUCGUGGUAUGAUGUACUACAGAAGAGCAUUAAUGCUUCAAAGUUUCACAGAAAGGAGAGGAUUGAUAGAUGAGGGAAGUAGCUCCAUAACGAAUCAGUUAGCAAGCCCCGGGUUUGAGUUAUCGAGUGAGGCACGAGCACAAGCAGAUCUGAAAUUUACUUAUGUUGUUUCAUGCCAAAUUUAUGGACAGCAAAGGCAAAAAAACCUUCCAGAGGCUACAGAUAUUAAUUUGUUGCUACAGAGAAAUGAGGCACUUCGGGUUGCUUUUAUUCACCUUGAAGAAAAGGCUGGAGCUGAUAAUAACGUUAUAAAGGAAUAUUACUCCAAGCUUGUGAAAGCGGACGUACAUGGAAGAGAUGAGGAAAUAUAUUCAAUUAAGCUUCCAGGAGACCCAAAACUUGGUGAAGGAAAGCCUGAAAAUCAGAACCAUGCUAUUAUUUUUACACGUGGAGAAGCUAUUCAAACCAUUGAUAUGAAUCAGGACAAUUACCUUGAGGAGGCAAUGAAAAUGCGCAACCUUCUGGAGGAAUUUCAUGCCAAACACGGUAUACGCCCUCCAACUAUUCUUGGUGUAAGGGAGCAUGUCUUUACAGGAAGUGUUUCUUCUCUUGCUUGGUUUAUGUCGAAUCAGGAGACAAGCUUUGUGACAUUAGGUCAACGAGUAUUGGCAAAACCUCUCAAGGUACGGAUGCAUUAUGGACAUCCUGAUGUGUUUGACCGCAUAUUUCACAUAUCUCGUGGUGGCAUUAGCAAAGCAUCUCGUGUUAUUAACAUCAGCGAGGAUAUUUAUGCUGGUUUCAACUCCACCCUGCGGCAGGGAAAUGUCACACAUCAUGAGUACAUACAGGUUGGCAAAGGAAGAGAUGUUGGGCUUAACCAGAUUGCUCUCUUUGAGGGUAAGGUUGCUGGAGGAAAUGGAGAGCAGGUUCUCAGCAGAGACAUAUACAGGCUGGGGCAGCUAUUUGACUUCUUCAGGAUGCUUUCUUUCUACUUCACUACUGUGGGUUAUUAUGUGUGCACGAUGAUGACAGUUCUUACUGUAUAUAUCUUCUUGUAUGGAAGGGUCUACUUGGCAUUCUCGGGACUUGAUGAAGGGAUUGCAAGAAAUGCCAGAACACUAGGAAGCACGGCUUUGGAUGCAGUAUUAAAUACACAAUUCUUAGUUCAAAUCGGAGUUUUCACAGCAGUGCCCAUGAUAAUGGGCUUCAUAUUGGAGCUUGGAUUGUUAAAGGCUAUUUUCAGUUUUAUUACCAUGCAGCUGCAGCUAUGUUCAGUCUUCUUCACUUUCUCAUUAGGAACAAGGACUCAUUAUUUUGGUCGCACUAUCUUGCAUGGAGGUGCCAAAUAUAGGGCUACUGGUAGGGGAUUUGUUGUCCAGCAUAUCAAGUUUGCUGAGAACUACAGACUUUAUUCUAGAAGUCACUUCAUCAAGGCGCUUGAAGUGGCAUUGCUGCUCACUAUUUACAUUGCGUAUGGCUACACAAGGGGUGGUGCUGUCUCUUUUGUGCUGUUGACACUCAGCAGUUGGUUCCUUGUGAUUUCCUGGCUCUUUGCUCCAUAUAUCUUUAAUCCGUCAGGCUUUGAAUGGCAAAAGACUGUGGAAGAUUUUGAUGACUGGGUCAGUUGGCUUCUCUACAAGGGAGGAAUUGGUAUUAAAGGUGAACAUAGCUGGGAAUCUUGGUGGGAUGAAGAACAGAUGCAUAUCCAUACUUGGAGAGGUCGUAUUCUAGAAACAAUUUUGAGCCUGAGGUUCUUCAUGUUUCAGUAUGGAAUUGUCUACAAGCUCCAUGUUAUGCCAUCAAACACAUCUUUGGCGAUAUAUGGCUUCUCCUGGAUUGUUCUAUCAGUCAUCGUAAUCAUAUUUAAGAUAUUCAGUUUUAGUCCCAAAAAGUAUGCUGGAUUCCAGCUGUGGAUGCGUUUUUUCCAGGGAGUCACUGCUUUGGGACUUGUGGCUGCCAUCACUCUUGUUAUCAUGCUCACCGAUCUCACUAUUCCAGACGUGCUAGCCUGUGUCCUUGCUUUCAUUGCAACCGGAUGGGGUAUAUUAUGUCUUGCAAUCACUUGGAAGAAGGUGGUGAGAAGCAUCGGUUUGUGGUAUUCCAUUCGAGAGUUUGCUAGAAUAUAUGAUGCUGGGAUGGGUAUGAUCAUCUUUGUACCUGUAGCAAUCCUGUCGUGGUUUCCAUUCGUCUCAACCUUCCAGUCUCGGCUUCUCUUCAACCAAGCCUUCAGUCGAGGUCUCGAAAUCUCAAAGAUCCUUGCUGGAAACAAAGCCAAUGUUCAGUUAUGAGGAAUGUCAUAAGCUCUUCCGGGUCUCUGAACUGUGACAUAGAAAAAUGUAUUUUGAAAUGAUCGGGUGCUCGGAUGAUCUGAAAGUGCACUGCUUCUACUGGUUCUGCAGAUGCCAAUAUUUUGUAGCUCAUGCAUCUUGGUAUGUCUCUAGUUUCAUCCCUUUUUGGUUGGAGAGGGGUUUUUGUAAAUGCCUAGAUGCAGAUAUAUUUAUGAGACUUUAAUGAUUUUGACCGUUAGUACUAUGGUUUCAUUCAAAGCUCUAAUACAUGAUUCAUCUUUGCAGUAUCAAUCAAAUCAUACUCCUAAGGUCCUAAUUUGAAUUGCAUGAUUAUUUUCUAGUAGAAAGUGAUAUAUUAAUGAAAAACCUAACUAUUAAAUACGAAUAUUUUUUUUUUGGAACAAGAGUUGCUCAAUUGGUAUUGUUUCUAAGGUGUUAACUUUCUUGUGACGAACUCAAAUGCAAUCCCUAGUGGCAACAACUAUGAAUAUGGCCAAAAUCGCUGAUGUUUAUAUUUUUCUCUAUAAUGCCCCUCUGAUGAAGUAACUUCAAAAUAAUGUAUCUACUUAUUUCUUUUUUUAAUGUAAUUGUAAUAUGUGAAAUUUAUUAAAUUAAUUAACGAAUGAACAAAUAUGAUUAAAUUAAAUUUGUUUUUAUUUAAUUCUUUCACUAUAAAGAAAAUAAGAUGAUUAAUGGAAAAUUUUGGAUAAGGUGGACUUGUCCGUAAAUGAUUGAAAUUCUUAUACGUUGU